AUGGAAUAUCCUCCAAAUCUGUCCCCUCAAUCUCCCAGGCCAAAUGGUCUCUUCCGACCUCGCCGAUCCGAAGAUUGGCACGAGUAUCGCGAAACAAUCGAACAACUUUACCGAAGUGAUCAGCUUAAAUUGCGAGAUGUGAAACGCAUCAUGGAAAGAGAUCAUAAAUUCUACAAAGAUCGCCUCGCCGCCUGGAAUGUCCGCAAGAAUAUUAAAGCUGCUGAGGUGCAAGUCAUGAUUCGCAAGAAGCAAAAGCGUGCCGCCCGUGGCAAGCAGACAGCCUUUCGUCGAGCUGGGCAAGAUGUUGAUCCGAAACGACUUACUCGCUUCGUUCGGCGCUAUGGAACGCAGUGGGUGAAGAAUCGGGAUAAAGAUGAUGAACUAAACAGUCCUGAGCCAAAAACCCCGUCUGAUAUGUCAUGUUAUACACCUGAACCUGAGGAAGGAGCUGCUACUCCCAUUUCACCAACGGAUGUGCAAUCUCCAAGGGAAACCCCACCUUAUUCCAUGAACUAUGAUCCAAAUAACUUGGCAACUAUGCCUGACCUCCAUCAGCAUCAGCAUCAACACUCACAUUCCACUCCUCGCCGCCCAUAUCACCCAUCAGAACUUUCCCGUCCAUCCCACCCAUCCGUCCAUUCGAUGCUCCACUCUCCAGUCCAUCUAAAUCCCAUCCACAUUCAUCCACCCGGAACGGAAGUGACCAUCCCUCCGAUUCAAAUCCCAUCCCAAAUGCAAAUCCAACCAGGAUCUGGACCAGGACCGGCAUCAGCAUCGACAUCGGCAUCGGCACCGACAUCAGGUCCAGCACUAUCAGUAUCAGUACCAGGACCAGUAUCAUCAAUCCCAGCGUCAACAUCAGUUCCUUCAGUGCCUGUACCUGUUUCUGCGCCAGCGCCAGCGCCCGCACCAGUCCCGUCUCAUUCUAAUUCUCAUCCUCAUCAUCAAUUUCGAGAUGACAUCGACGCAGCGGAUUUGGUUUCUAAUUUCGGCGGCUGGACCAGACUGGAUCUUUUCCAGAAUCGCCUGGAAAGCCUGCAGCAGGAGUUGGAUCGUUCUAUGUCUAAGUGGAGGGACCAGGAACCGGGUCAUGAAAUUAAUGGACAUCAUGAGGGUCUUGGUCAGUGA